GCAUAUGGUGAGGAUAAACAUAGUCAAAUGCCAUCAAUACCAACAAUGAGUUUAUUGUGGUAGACGAAGGCUAUAAUUAUCUUUUAAAUGCCAUCGCAUAUUAUAUGAACAAGGGGAAAAAUACAAAAGGCAUAACAUCGUUCUAUGUGUGGUGGUUUCACAAGCAUUUUUGUUGUUAAUGACUGUCAUGCUCAUGUUAUGAAUGAAAGAACUUCAAACCUUGCUCGUGACUAGCAGGCUCAGGGUGACUAUGGCUUCUCUGACUGAGUUCAUCCAUGUAUAGUAUGGUCUUUCUCUUUUUCUACUGUCCGGUCUUCUCAUCACACAACCAAACUAGGACAGCCUCAACUGAGUCAUCUUCUAGUGAGACCUCAGCCUUGAUUUGCUCUAAGACCCGUUCAUUUAGAAAUUCCCAUAGAAUAUCUCCAGCUUCACAUUUCCAACGUGUUGGUUUAUUACUACCAGCUUUCUUGUCUCUUCCACUUUCAAAAUAUUGGAACAGCGGCUGCAUCAUGUAGGUCAACUGUGCCUUGGAGUCAACCAUCAAUCUUAACGGCAACCCUUAGAAAACACACAACCAUUCAUUCCAUGAAAUUAAAGGCAGCAGAAGGGUGUGUGGACCAACUCAGUCUACACAACAUUGUUUUGGGGGAAAAUAAGAAGCAAAUUGUAGCUUCGUGAGAAAAAUAAAUAAUGGGGUGCUAAUGUUGAUCUUCCUGUCCAUGAGUUGUCCACCAAUCUUCUGCUCUCCCAAGGGAGGACUAUAAAAAAGGCCAACCGUUCAGAAAACAGCCAGAAACAUCUUCAGGCUUUCUACCAUCCAUGGUCCAGACCCACCACUAUCUCUCCAAGAUGACUUACUACGGGUGUUUGGGUUACUGUGAUCCAUGCAACUACAGUUUACCAGAGAAAUGCAGUGCAAGCAAUGGUUACCAACGUUUGUACAUCCAAAUUCUUCCUUCUGAAUAUUAUGCAUGUAGCCCUUGCUGGGACAACUAUGGUCACCAGAUCAGUUGUGUCUUCCCUUGGUAUAGGAUGAGAUUUAGCUAUUGCUCGCCUUGCUACAGCUACAACUGUUGCAGUCCUUCCUAUUACUGUGACCCAUUUUGCCACACCUUGAAGUCAAGUGACUACAUCCCUCGGUACAAGUCAACUUCCAGGUAUUGCUUGCCUCAUGGCAGCUACAACUACUCUCCUUCCUAUGGUCCCAAAACAAGGUGUUACUCCCCUUACUACAGCUCCAAGACCAAAGGAUGUAGCCAUUCUUCCAGCAACCAUCAGUUUACCCAUCGCUAUGGUUCCCCAUCAAGUUAUUGCUCCCCUUGCUACAGGACUGAGACCAUAAGAGGCACUCCUUGCUAUAGUAGUAAUGAAUGUUCCUCUUGUUAUAGUUCCCCAUUGAGCAGUUGCUCUUCUUGUUAUGACGCCAAGACCAAAGCAUGGAGCCCGUGCUAUAGUAGCAAUGAAUCAUCCUCUUGUUAUGGUUCCCCAUCAAGCAGUUGUUCCUCUUGUUAUGCCUUCAAGACCAAAGGAUGUACGCCUUGCUACAACAACCACCAGCAUUCUCCUUGCCACAGAUGCUGCUCUCCUUACUACACUUCCAGAUCCAGAUGUUGCAGUCCUGGCUACACCUACAGACGGUGCUCUCCUUGUUGUAGUUCUAAGGGCUAUUCCCCUCACUACAAUUCAGGAUCGAAGUGUCGCACUCCUAGCUACCGCUAUAGCCAGUGCUUGUCUUGCUAUAGGUCCAGAUGUCACUCCCCAUAUUACCACUUUGGAUCCAGAUGUGGUGCUCCUGGCUACAGAAACAGCCAUUACUACCCUUGCAGAGGUGCCGAUUUCGGAUGUCACUCUCCUUCCCACAGUUCUACAUGCAGCUCCUCUCACUCCACUUCUUGUACCUACUCCAUGAAAAGUAACUCUUACUCCAGUGGAUGCCGAAGAUGCUCUUGCCCAUGGUAACACUCAUCAAAAACAUCUUCAAAAUGGAAAAAAAACAACCUGCUACGAUAACACCAAUACCAACAUGCAAUUAUCAAGGAUUGGAGGUGGCUUUCCGACAUACUGGAUUUUUGAAGGUUUUCCAUUCCACCCAGAGCUGGCCCUAGGUAAUUUUCAAGUGUAGGCGAACAGAAUUUCGGCAUCCCCCCCCCAAACCAAUCACUGAAAAAUUAAAGCGUUGGAUAAGCGAAAAUGUUGGAUAAUAAGGAGGGAUUAAGGAAAAGCCUAUUAAACAUCAAAUUACAUUAUGAUUUUACAAAUUAAGCACCAAAAUAUCAUGUUUUACAACAAAUCAACAGAAAAAGCAGUCUCGACUGCGUCUCCGUAUGUUUUGCAUCCGAAGCGACCGCUUAAUUCGCCUCAUUGUUGGACCAGCCCUGAUUCCACCAAUAAUCCUUUGGACAUCCAGAAGCUCUGAAGGGACUGAGGAACAAUUUCUAGACCUUCACUAGAUGUUCUUCAAUACAGUCCUUAAU